AUGAAAAAGCAAUCAAGAGCACAGGUUCUUGACCUCACUAUCCGGGGUGACGAGCUCGAGCACGACCGGAUCCAAUUAGAGCACAACCUACAGCGCACAGAUCUUUCUCUCCAACUCUCGUCACAGGAUGACGAGUUCAACCACAACGAUAGCAUCGAGUAUCCCAGACACAAUUCCAAUCCUGUGUCCUUGCCAGAAUUCCGCUCUUACAUCCACAGAUCGGGGGACGACUUCGACAGCGACUUCAAUCACGCUUGGUCAUAUCGCACUGGGGAUGACGACGACGAGGAAGGGAUUAAUCCAUAUGGUGGCGAGACCGUGUCUACCGCAGCGCAUCAUGCCAGUGGCCUAACUCUCAGUGCAGGUCUUGGGGGUAGAGGGCAUCGACGCGAUGUCAGUCUGAGUGGUGCAGAAUAUGACCCUGAGCGGCCACUGCGUGAUAUCAUGGCGGGCGUUGACAGUAAGCUUAGUAUAUUUGACAUGGACCCAUCGAGAUCCAGAUAUCCGCCACCUGGUGGAAUCAGCUUUGACCCCGUUGUUGUCGAUGACACCGCCGAAUUGGAUCGUAUACUCGCUUCGGGUUAUGUCCCCCCACCGUCUCUGAAUUCUCGUUCUGUUCGUCUACAUUCUCCUCAGUCAGCUUCCUCUUCCUCGUCAGACUCUGAAGGACAACAAUCUCGUCCAAAAAUAUCUGAUGCUCUUCGUCGUGUUUCCUUUUCUCCAAGCCGACCACGUUCGACUCGUGGCGCCCAGGAUCACAGCCUUGCUCGCCACGCGCCAUCUCCUCUUAGACGCCAGCCAACUCUUCCCACCGUCGACAAAGAUGUAUCUACGCCUAAGGCCCGCGCGACCAAGCGCGUUCCGGGCCCAUCUCAUGCGUCACCGCAUCAGCCUCAUGUUCGCCUUCAUCCUCCAACUCCUACACCAUCAGGCUCUAGAUUCACUAAAAUGGCCAGCGUAAUUACCAAAGAGCUUGAUCAUGAAAUUGAACAGAGCCGCCGCCCUAAUCAAAGCUCUGCUACCGAUCGCACAACCCACCAUGAAGCUGGAAAUCUAACCAGAGAUCAGUCUCGCUCUAUGCAGCCUGCACAACGUCGAAGCUCCUUGAGACAACCUGUGCAGACGCCCGCUCAUGCCUCCAAGAGUAGGCUUCACCUUCCGGACGUGACGGGGUUGACUAGCGCUGUGGAAUCACCAGUGAAGGGCGCUUACCAACAUUAUCCAUAUCAAGCAUCCAAAGAAGCCAGAGAAAGUGAUGCUCGUUUGUUAUCUGCCAUCAGCGCUGUACAAUCUAAGCUUCGUGAGUUGGAAGACGAGAAUGGAGUCUCUCGCCGUCGCGUUCGAGAACUGGAACAUGAACUUGAACUUUGCAAGAUCGAAGUCACCAAAGAGCGCUCUAUGCUGAUGCAAAGAGAAGAAUUCCUCUCUCAACAACAACGUGAAUUCGAACUGGAGGAGGCUCGAAGGAGAAAAGGCAAAGGGAAGGCAAAGGCCAGAGAUAUCUCCUACUCCAGAGAAGAUACGUCCAGAUAUCAAGAAGUAGUGGAAGAGAAAAAAGCUCUCGAAGCUCUUGUCACGAGCCUUCGCUCUCAUCUUUCCCGACUAACAGCUGAGUUAGCGUCACAUCAGCAGCUCUUGACCGAGCUCAGGAACUUGCGUGACUCUGACCACCGAACCCUAAAGGAGAAAACGGCAGAAAUUAAUCAGUUGCGUGCAGAAGUUGAACGUCUCGCUGGAGAGGUGGAGGUAUUACGAGGUGUCGUCGAAGAAGGUUUAAAAGAGCGCAGGGCUGCCAGGGAGGCCUCCGAGGCUACACGAUCUCGCGUCGUGAUCGCCGAGCCUGCUAUUGAACAGCAAGACGAACCGGUGGUCGAGGAGCAUAGUCGUGGAGAGGAAGCGAUCGAAGAAGAAAGUUCGGCAGAAGAGGAAGACAAUUUCGAGCCCAUCUCCACGUCGAGGACGGAUGGAGCACCUCCCGAUAAGACUAUGCGAACAGACCACGCAACUCUUGGAUCGACAAAUCUGGGAGCUUCUGGAGGUUUCAUCGAGGAGGACGAAUUGGAGCAAAUAUCUGCUGAUGUCGAAGAACGACGUUCUGAGCGCUCGGUAUCAUUCACAGAACAAAAUUCCAUGGCGUCGCGUCCUCCCUCCCCCGCCAUCCAGCAAGAGUCUGUUCAAGUUGAAGAGGUUCCCGAGCUCGAUCGGCCUUCCCAAAACUCUCAUUGGGCAGACGAAAGUCGCUCUUCUUCACCUAGUCCAUCAUUACGCGCGCGCCGUCGUCGUACUCCCACUCCAACCGUAGCACGUCCGGCUGCCCCCACACCUGCACACGCAACGGCGCACGCCCGUCGCCCGAAUAGGGAUGAUGAUGAGGGACCACAAACGCCGUUCCCCCAGAUUCGUGGUGCCAGACUAGAGCGCUUAUUCUUCAGUGCUCCAGAGCACAAUGCGCGGACUUGCAAUGUAUGUCAUCGAAGAAGAGGGCAUCACAGGGAUGCAAGACCAAUGUCUCCGUCUUGGUUACCAAGCCGUUUGGCAAAGCAAUUCCAAGCCAACGUACAGGAGGAUCACGAAGAUAACAGCGAUGAAGAUGAGGGCUUUGCUGAAGGUUCGGAAGGUGUUGAGGACGGCGACCGACGCCCGAUGCCAUCAACCAGUGCAGCUCCGCGCGUCCCAACAGCGAAGGGAGUUCCUCCCCAAACUGUUCUCAUGAAGGUAAUCAGAGAGUUACAAGAUGAUUUUACCCAUUACAAAAGUGUCUACGUGGAACUCGCAGACCAAUACAAGGAUAUGGACGCUGUGUCCGAUGUACCCAAAAGGAACAUGCUCGCUCAGCAUCUUCGCGAGGUCGUUGAUAUCCUAGAGCAGAAGGGUGACCAAAUCGCUUCUUUGACUGACCUUCUAACAUUCAAAGACAAAACGGUGGCUGAGUCGGUCCUCAACAAGGGCGGAUCGGUCAAGUUAGGGCAUGGGGUGUAA